AUGGGUUCCCAUCAUAAAGUAGUUGUCAUAGGAGGAGGUCUUGCUGGGAUUUCCGCUGCCAAAACCUUGAUUCAGAAUGGUGUUCAGGAUGUGCUGCUCAUUGAGGCUAAAGAUAGGCUCGGAGGAAGAGUUCAUACAAUUAUUCAUGAUGAUGGGGGCCCAUUGGAACUCGGGGCACAGUGGAUUCACGGGGAAAAGGGCAAUGAUAUUGCCGACCUUGCCAAACAAAUUGACUCAAUAAGGUUGAUAUAUUUUGUAAUGAUUCAUUCCACAGAUGAGGCAACUAAAAGAGAAUGGUCAGAGUAUUAUGAUGAAGAGGAGGAAGAAGAGGAAGAUAAAGAGGAAGAUGAAGAAGAUGAUGUCAGUGAUGAUGAAAGUGGCUAUUUUCUUUCGGACUCCACACCCAUACCUGAAAAUCUUGUGAGAGAGUCAUUCAUCAAAUUUGAUAUGGCGUUAGAAGAGGCGGAUACUUACUAUGACAAGAAAAUAAUCAAAGACAACAGCAUAACGAUAGGAAAGUUCAUUGAGAACAAAGUUCAAGGCUAUCUAAACUCUAGCAAGAACAAAAAAGCAAAAGUAGGCUGUACAAACAUCCAGACCAUUAAAAGGUCUUUGAUAGAUUGGCGUAUUCUCGCCGAGAACGUUGAGAAUGCGUGUUCUUCUCUUCAAGAAAUUGCUCUAAAUGUGUGGGGCGAAUAUUACUUGCCACCUGGUGUGGAGAGCUUGGAACUUGGUAGCAAAGGCUAUCAACCUAUUGUUGACUUUCUUGCAAACGGCAUUCCGAAACAUUCGAUCAAGUUGAACACAGUUGUUGAGUCUUUAGAAUGGAGCCCUGGUUAUAAGAAUGAUAACGCGAAGCAUAACCGUAAUAAGAAUGAAGACGAGGAUGAUGACAGCACUGUGAACGAUGAUGAAAGGUUGGAGUGUUGCAACCGAAACAUAAACGAGAGUGGUUACUACCUGAAACUGAUGGACAAGAAAGACGACCACGCAUUCAAUCAAGUCAUGAACAAUGUCGUCAAUAGUAAAAACACUGAAGAUGGUUAUGGCAAACCCUUGAAGGUGAAAUUAAACUCCGGUGAAACGGUAGAGGCAGAUCACGUCAUUGUCACCUUGCCACUCGGUGUCCUUAAACACCUGUGUGGCUUCGACAACCACCAAAUCUCUGGUGUCACCAGCAAAGACCAGAACUUCUUCUUGCCUUCUCUACCGAAACCAUACUUGCACUCCAUCGACAAACUGGCCUACGGGACGGUGGACAAGAUAUUCCUAGAGUUUGAGAAGCCCUUUUGGAAAGCUAAAAAUUCGACUGGCGUCCAAUUUGUGUGGAGACGUGGUGAGGUUCUAGAGCUGGAUUGUUUAAACAAAUAUGGCAGGAGCUAUGAGAACACAAAGUGGUACCAGUCGAUACAGGGCUUCAAUACCCUCCUGCAGCACAGAAAUAUGUUAUGUGGGUGGGUGGCCAGCUCGGAGGCAGUUGAAAUGGAGAGGGAGAGUGACGAUCUUGUGAUGGAUGUCUGUGUUGAGUUGCUGCAGAGGUUCAGUGGAAAGAAAAUGGACAGACCUUUCAGGAUGAUUAGAUCCAAAUGGGCUCUGGAUCCGUUCAGCAGAGGUGUUUAUUGCUACAGAAAGAUUCCAUCCUCCUAUAAGAACAGUCUGCAGUUGGCUCGUGCUCUCCCGACUAAUGAUAAUCCGCGCCUGUUGUUCGCCGGUGAAGCCACACAUUGCCACUUCUACUCGACGACUCACGGCGCCAUGGCUACAGGCGUCACGCAAGCUCACAAGAUCAUCAAACAUUAUUCGUAAUUAUUAUUAUUAAAAAAAAAUAUUUAAAGAUAGCUAUCUAUAUCUACGAAAGAAUUAUUAUUAUUUUCACUGUUACUAUUUUAAGUAGUAGUAUUCUUACUUCUUAAUUGCAUCCGUAAUUAUCGUAAAAAAUAACACACACACAUACAUUCACAUACACACACAUAAUUCACACACACACAUAAUUCACACACACAUACACACACCACACACACACACACACACUUAUAUGAUAUACAUUAUUUAUUUAUAAACUUUUUCCAUGUCGUUGUGAUCUAAUUAUCUAUUUAAAGUCAACUGAUUCAAAUUAUCUACACAGCACACACACACACACAAACACACACACACACACAUUACCAAAUCAGGGAUUUUUAUUUAAUUAAAUUUAUACUGAACUCUCGUUAGGAUAUUUAAAAUAUGCAAUUUCAUAUAAACACAAAUUAUGUAUGAGUGUGUGCUUGUGUAGUUAUGUAAUUACAUGUAUGUGUUUGUGUGUGUGUGUGUUUGUGUGUGUGUGUGUUUGUGUGUGUAUUUUGAAUGGUUUUUCUUCGCAUUUUACAAUAUCCUUUAAGGUUACUUCAUUUUCAAUUUGAUUUUUCAACACUGUUAUGAUUGUUGCUAUUGUUAUUGUUAUUAUUAUUAUUAUUAUAUGAUCGUUUAAUGGAUUAUUUCUUUGUAUAUGUUUUUUUUAUUUAUUGAUUAUAUAAUCUAUAAUUCUUUCCUGAUUAUUUCGCAUUUAUUUCAUUCAUUCCACACGCUAAUUCAUCGCACACACAAACACACACAUACAAACACAUACAAACUGUAUAUGUUUUGUAUGUAUGUGUGUGUGUGUGUUUGUUUAUAUCUUUGUAUAUGAACUCUAUACAUUCAUGUAUACAUAAUAUACAUACGCAGCAUACAUACAUACAAACAAAUAUACAUACAUACACACAUACAUACAUACACAUAUACAUAAACACAUACAUACAAACUUUCAAGCAUACAUAAACACAAAAAAACAUUUAUGCAAGCAAGCAUACAUAGUCCGCGCGCAGAUUGCAAUGUCAUAUUUCAUAAUUUUGACGUUAACACGAUUUCGAACCAUCCACCUCA